UUCCAGCUGGUGGAUCACAUGUUGCUGGCCCUCUGUGUUCAGGACACGUCUCGAGCUUGCCCCAGCUGCCGAGCUCACCUCCUUCAGGAGCUGAAACUGGCUGCACCAAAGCAGCAGAGAUGGAUUCUUCUCUUCCAGGAUGCCAACAGCCUAAAGCAACUCCAGACCGCGUUAGUAUGGAAGAUGCAGGUGUUACACAUGGUCUUCAUUCGCCACUACUCCAGGGUGAUCGCAGUGUCUACAUGGCCACUGCUACUCUACAUGGCACUGGAAGCUGAACUAUUCCCAGGCAGUCUCAGGACGAGAGGCCUCAAGCUGAGCAGCUUGAUGAUGGUCAGAGAACAGAAAGGAGCAGAGGUCUUCCAGGGGACUGCCACGGAGCUACAGCCAGGAUCAGAGAACGGGGAACAAAGCAAAGUCAGCUUCGUUCCUGUUCUGGGCUCCAAGCAGCAGCCCGGCUCUUUUGAACAAAGGGUCUACGAAGCUGCUGUGGUCUCUGAGGUAGUGCUGGGCACAUACCGCUGGGGGGCUCCAGAGCAGCAGCUAGAGGAUUUCAAGGAGGACACUGAGGCAUCAUUAAAGGGGCAGGUUUCAGCAGGGAAUGUAUUUCAGCAUUCAUGGGGCCCUUCUCCCCAAAAAAUUCAACACUGGGACUACUCUGCAGCCACUCCAUUCCUCCACUAUCAUGUAUUAUCUAUACCCCUUCCUCCCCUGACCCAUCAGUCCAUCUCAAAACGGCCGUUCCAGCCCUGCUGUGGAUGGAGCUCCACAGAGCACAGCCUGGGCACCCAACAGCAGGACCCCCUCCCUGGGUACCAACCCCUGGCUGCUGCCACCCCCCAUACAGCCUUUGACAUCCCUGCACAGCAUGCACACUCAAUCACAUAGAAUCAUAGAAAAUCAGAGUUGAAAGGGACCUCAGGAGGUCAUCUAGUCCAACCCCCACAUGUGGGUUUUGCCUCUAAUGCCCUAAGUUAUCACUGUCUAGGAAAUUCAAGCUGUCCUCAGUUAUGUGGCUCCUGUUGCCCAGAUCUAUGCUGCUGUCCAACCACUGUUCUGCUUCUCUUUAUUGACUUUCAGUACUGCUAUGAUGGCACCGGGUGUUAUGAUGCAAUUCUCAACAACGAAGACUGUAAAAUGGGUCUCUUGGAAAGCUAGGGAACUUGAAACCUCCAGUGUGGAGUAAGAACAGGAGCUCCCCUGGGAACCCCAUGAGUAAGGGCGGUAGUGAAAGGAUCACCAAGAAUUCUUUUUUUUUUUAAUACACGGCUAAGACGCUGCAUGCUUAAGGAACAUCCAUGCCACUGUAUGUGAGCUUUGAAGCAGUGCAUGCUAGAGGUGCAGCUUUUCAUAGAGGUAUUUAAAAAAAGAAAACCCUUUCAGUCUUUGUGACAGUUCUCCUGACAUUUUAGGCCAGUUUCAAGUCAGCAAAACUAAGUAACCUCAACAUGUAUGUCAGAGCAGGAAUUCAAAGCUACUGUAAGUGCUUCAAGUACUGCAGUAACCAUUCAGUCUUACUGACGGUACUGAAAAAAAUGCUUCUCAUUGCUUUCCGGUGUGUGUUCUCCUCCCAACCCACACUCAGGAUAAUAGACUCAGUUUAGCUGCCAAUAAUUUGCUCUAAGUGAAGAGCAAAACAAAUUAAAAGGUGAAACCAUACUUAGAUGAGUGGCAGUAAAAAAAAUAUGUAGUGAUACUUAGCUUUUAUGUAAAAGCUUUGUCUCUUCAAAAAGUCCUACACAAACAUCCACUAAUCUUCAUGAGAUGUCUGUGUGGGAGGGUUAGAUAAUAAAUAUGAAAUAUAUAGUUAUAAUUCUAGGAAAAACAAACAAAAUUAUUUAUGUUAAUUCAUUCGCUCUUUUAGGGUUCAAAAUCAUUCUAAGCCUUUGCCAAAUGGUACUGUUUUUUUCUAAUUCCUUCCAUAACUUGCAGGAAAAUGCCUGAUAGUCCUAAUCAACUGCCUGAUAGUAUUAGCCAAUUCCUCCAAGUUUCUCAGGAAGGGAAAAAAUAUCAA